AGUUGUAGAGAGCAGAAAGAGAGAGAGAGAGAGAGAGCAAACGGCGAAAAAGAAAACAGAAAGAGAGAGAGGAGUCGUCUCGAGUCGCGUUCGUGGUCGCGGCGUACAAAGCAGAAUCGCGCUGGUCCCGCUGGAACGGUACGCGUGAGAGAGUUUUGUAACCUCUCCGAUUCUCUCGUCUCGUAUAUCGUAUCGUCUUCGUUCGAUUGUCGUGCCAUCGUGCCGUCGUGCGUCGUCUCGGUUCCCGUUCUUCGGAGUGAGAGUGUGUUAGAGGCCUAACAGCGGCGCGCGCGCGCCCCUCUGUGUCCGUGUUCCCGUGUUGGUGCGUGCAAAAACAUCACGCACGAGUAUCUCUCUCGCUUGCGUGUAUCGCUCGGGUGUUUCUUCGUCGCGCGUAUAUGUACAGAGGGACGUACGCUGGUGCACGGCAGCGGUACACGAAAAUCUACGCGCGUCGCAUACAUAGAUAGAUAGUAUACGGAAUUCGCGAUACGCGAUACGCGAUACACGCGCGCGUACAUACGUGCGACGGAAAGAGAGAAACGCGCCGGGUAACGUCGCGUACAGUGCACGAAACGAAGAGAGAGAUCGAGAAGGGACAACAGGGUAGAAGAAGAGGCAGCGCAGGAGGAGGCGGCGGCGGCGGCGGUGGUGGUGGUGGUGUGGAGGGGGAGGCGGUACGGAGUGUUGGAUUUGUUUUCUCGCACAACGGUGGAGCAAAACGGCCUCAAACUGUGGGGCUCUGGGGCGUUUUUUCUUCCUCCGCAAGGGAUGUACUACCCCCACAUGGUGCAGACAGGCAUGGCUGCGCCCUACGGUGGGGGUGUCUUCCCCCCGCCGGUGAACGGCGUAGCGGGUGUCGUCGGGGCGGCUGGAGCAGCCGGUGAAGUGAAACCACCUCCGCCAGUGCCUGUCAAACAAGAAGACAGCGGUGCACCCCAGCAGCCGCCACCCAGCGGGCCUCAAGUACCACCGCCGGCCGGUGCUCCACAUCCGACAGCCCCCGGUGCACCGACCGCGACCAGUUUCAGUCCGCCCCCACCUCCGAACGGCGUCGAUCAACAGGCUAUCUCGGAGGUGUUUCAGGCAGCAGUUGCGGCAGCGGCGGCCGCGGCCGCAGGCGGCGGUGGCCAGCAACCGGCUCCGACGCCCGCCGGCAACGAGACCAGCCCCGAAGGCGCCAUCGCCGUCGAGGGCACCGCCAUGGUACCUGUCACAUCGGGCGCGACCACACCCGCGACCGCGACGCAGGGCACGGACCUCAAAGGACAACCGAAACGCCUCCACGUCAGCAAUAUUCCUUUCCGUUUCCGAGACCCUGAUCUCAGGGCAAUGUUUGGGCAAUUCGGGCCAAUCCUCGACGUGGAAAUCAUAUUUAACGAAAGGGGAAGCAAGGGAUUCGGUUUUGUAACAUUCGCAAAUAGUGCUGACGCGGACCGGGCACGUGAGAGGCUACACGGCACCGUGGUUGAGGGCAGAAAGAUUGAGGUGAACAACGCGACGGCGAGGGUGCAGACGAAGAAACCACCGACGGUACCCAACGUAUGCGUACAGUGGCCAGAGGCCGCUGCGCUGAGAGGAGUCGCCAUCCAGAGAGGCAGAGUGAGCGCCGCGAGGGCGGCUUUCCCGACGAGCGCUGCCGCGCUGGCCCUCGCCAGGAACCCGGGGCCACUCGCAGCCGCGGCUGCGGCCACGGCCCUGCAUCCCUUCGCACCUGCUGUCUAUUACGACCCAUUCCUAGCAGCACACGCGGCGACACAGGAUCCGAACUACAGGCUGCAGCUGGAAUGGCCUCAAGCAACAGCUGACGCUAAAGCGCCCGCCCUGGAGGCCGCGGCAGCAGCAGCUGCAGCGUCACCGUUGCUGAAGACGCCCCUCUCGACGGCGCAGCAGGCCACCUACGCAGCUGCGGCGACCUACACGGCAGUGGCUGCGCGCGCAUACGGCGCAGCUGCAGCUGCGGCACAACCGGUCGCAGGAUAUGCCGCAGUCGCGGGCUACGGACGCGAGUACGCCGACCCCUACCUUGGACACGGUAUCGGACCAGUGGCCGGCUAUGGGGCGACGGUGUACAGGGGCAGCUACAACAGGUUCACGCCGUACUAAGAAGCCGUGGCCACGGCGAAGCGCGAGCCUUCCAAGUACACACACCGUUAUACUCAGCCACAACAUGACCAGAAAUCGACACAAUCGUCAUCGUCGUUCGCCACCGAUCACGUAAAUCACCCCCACGAAGCGAAUACGCCUGGAUCCUCCGUGCACGCUGACGCUGAAGCCUCUUAGGACCGAGUUUCUAGAACUCUCUCGUCGACGACGAAGGAGGACGGUCGCCUAUAUAUCGAUCGAGCAGAGAAGCGAACGGACGCGCCUCGUUUCGAUUUUUUUUGAAAACGCGAAUUCCCGCGAGUCCCCGACGAUCGCGAAACCGAUGCAACCGACGCCGCGUCGCCGAUCCGAGAACCGAAGAAGGAAGCCGGAAGCCGAAAAUAUCGGAUGAAAAAUUCGAGGUAAACGGAGGCCGGAGACGAGCCUUCGCGAGUUUGCUCCGGUUCGAUCCGAGGACGAAGGUCCGUCGCGUCGAACCUUCUCCGAUCGAUAACCGGCCGACGGAGGCACCGGCACCGGCACCGGCAUCGGGAAAAUCGGCGAACCGAAUUACCGGACGGGAAAAGGAAAGGGAAAGGGUUAGGGAAAACGCGGAUCGUCGGAAAAUAGGCGGAAAGUAUCUGGAACGCGUCGCGGGUCCGAAACCGAUAGCCAUUCGUGCACGAGGCCGAUGCGCCGACGCGCGCGUGUACAUACGCGUCUCUCUGGAAAUCGGUUGCAAUCGCGCGAGCCAAGUUUGUUUUAAUAGCCGGCUUUUUAACGGCGAUUUUUAUCUUUUAUUGUAAUUGUACGAUAGAUACUCUCGUUUUUUUCGAUUCUAUCGUCGGAAAAAACGGCGACCAAUGAAUUUUGUACAUAAUUCGUUUUCCGGGUGGUUUUCUUUCGUAGAUUCGGAUCGGUAGCAUUUUAUGAUUCUUUUUUUGUCCUUUUCGCAUUUUCCAUCGUUUCGUCGCCUUUCGAGAUUCUGCCGCGGUAAUGGCUGUCGGUCGGUGAUCCGAAAAUCGAAGACCAUCGAGUCGAGAUCGUUUCGAGGUAGCGCUCUGGCUCGGCGGUAGCGAACGGAGAACGCGAGAGAACGGAGGAAAGCGGUGGAGCAACGGUCCUAUCGCGACAGGGUUUUUCUAUGCCAAAUACCGGGUGAACGAUGGAAUAGAAAAUCGUCUUUGGAACGCCGUUGAUUCUGCUCCGAACAGGGUCUAGUCAAAACGGAAAGCAAUCUCUACCGACUUCCGAGACUACUAACCGAACCUUUUAUUUUUUUUUCCCUCGAAUACUCGCUGUCUCGUUCGAGAUCGCGACCGGCCGUCGCUGCUCCACGGACCUCGACGAUUCGCUUCGUCGAGGGCUCCGCGAGCGAACGGACGCGUCGGAGACCGAACGAGACGCUCCAGCUCUCUUAUCUCGUCGCUCUUUGUCGGAAGAACUGAAAACGACGUUGGUGGAAAGAUUCGACCGUUUCAACCUCGACCGCUCCCCCGAUUCUUCGCCGCGUUGAUCUUCAACGUCGGCUUUAGCUACCGGCGAGGAGGAUUUUCCAAUCGAUCGUUCGAUAGCAACUUCGUUUAAUAAUUUCAUAUUUUUAUCGAUUUCGUGUUAUUCUCCAACGAAAAUGUACAAAAAAUUUCAAGCAUAUAUCGAAAGUACCUGCUCGGGUGCUCGGGUGCUCGGGUGUUGACGCACGAGCGUCGAACUCCUUCUCGUUCGAAAGUCCCGUGAGCGACUUCCGAUAGCUAAAGCAUUUGACACGCUCGCCGUCGCGUUAAUCGCCUUACGAGUAAAGCGAAUCAAAUUCUCGUUGGUAGAUUUUAUCGAUCAUCGUUUACCUACCUUUCGUUUGCCAACGAAAGCAAAUUUUCGUUCCUCCGUCGACGAUCGCACGAUUCGAAAUUCAACGAAAUUGUCGUAUCAGCACCGAUCGUCUUGUUCCUUCUUUUGGAUCUUCGCGAGCCACAAACGCGUCUCGAUUUUGCAGAAUCUUUGGAACGAACGCGAGGGCGAGCGUGUUCGUCGACUCGAGAGAGGAAUCGUUUUAGAAUCAUUCUGAUAUCGUUUCGAAAUCAUUUUGAAAUCGUUUAACAAUCAUUGGCAGCCCACCACCGCGUUAGUUUAACCCUGUCCUGUCGCGAUCAGUUCAGCGAUGGGAAUCCGACGCGAGUCGAGAAGCGAUCAAAUAGUCUCUCUAUGUUCCCCCGAGUAACGAAUCAUUAAUCUCGACGUUUCAUUUGUUGUUCACGCCUUGUUCUUCCAUCGCACUCGGUUCUCGCGUUAAGGUGUCGAGCUCCGAAAGAUAGCUUCUCACCGCCGAGACUUCGAUCGAGUUCCUCGAUUCGGCAACCGCGUUCUCGAACACCGAUAUUCCCCAUCAACGCAUUCUUAUCGAUCGAAUCGAAGACGAACCUUACACGUACGCGCGCAAACGCACACACACACACGUGUAUACAUACAAACUGUCAGACAUGCAAACAAAUACAUACAUAGACAGAUUUACACACGCAUAGAGUACUCCUUUGCGGGGGCAAAACGCGAGAGGGAAAUGGUACGCACACUGAGCCGAGUGAGUGUGAUAUAAUCCCUGUUAAAUUCUAGUUAAGUGGAGAUUUAUCGUAAUAAAAAUAAAUAAAUGAGUAAAUAAAUAAAUAAAUGAAUAAAUAUGUGUGUAUAUAUAUAUAUACAUAUUCAUACACACACAUAUAUAUAUAUAUAUAUAUAUAUAUACAUAUAUAUAUUCAUGUAUAUGUAGGUAAGCCGUGUUGCGUGACUCGAUGUAAAAGCGUAAAUGGGCAACGUUGCGAGUGAUGUCCGAAUGAACGAAUAGUACGGCAGAAAAGAAAGUUAGGCGAGAGAGAAAAGGAAGCAACAAAUCGCGCGCGUGCAAAUAUAGAACGAAACGAGACAAGUAAAGGGGGAUAUAUUACAAAACUACGCAGAGUCAUGUGAAAUAGCCAAAUAUGACAAAGACGUUCUUUUUCCUUUUUCA